UCUGAACCUUGUGCUAUCUUCCCUCCACUCCCCCGCUGCCUCCCUCCAACCACCACCAAGCAGACCUUAUCAUGGCCGUUCCCGUGCCCCUUUCACCGCCAGCACAGCCGCGUCCACUGUCCUCGACUUCCCUCUUUAAGAUUCAUCAACCACUUGCUCUCACUUCUUCUUUCUCUCUCUUUCCCACAUUUUCUUGCCCGCCAAAAAGACUAUCUUUAUCGCCCGCCAGCUCAUCGCAGUACCGCACUACCAUCAAAGCAGCAAGAACAACUGCAGCUAACGAAUCGGAUCCCAAGCUCGGUGUCUCACUUUACAAGCCUAAAUCUUACGAAGUGCUCGUCACUGAUGCUGCCAAUUCUCUGUUCUGUGCUCUUAAUGAUGGCAAGACCCGCCUCGAAAUCGAAUUCCCUCCCUUGCCUAGCAACAUGUCUUCUUAUAAGGGAUCAUCAGAUGAGUUCAGUGAUGCCAAUAUUCAACUGGCUUUGGCAGUUGUAAAGAAACUUCAGGAGAGAACUGAAACAAGAGCUUGCAUUGUGUUCCCAGAUAAGCCAGAAAAGCGAAGGGCCACAGAACUCUUCAAAGCUGCCUUUGACUCAAUUGAAGGAUUAACCAUUGGAUCCUUGGAUGAUAUUCCUGCUGGUCCUAUUACCACAUUUCUUAGAUCUGUACGGAACACCUUGGAUUUCGAUUUUGAGGAUGAGAAUGAAGGUCGUUGGAAGUCUGACAAGCCACCAUCAAUCUAUAUAUUUAUUAGUUCUAGCACACGUGAUCUCUCAGUGAUAGAGAAGUAUGUGGAAAAAUUUGCCACCUCCACUCCUACCCUUCUUUUCAAUCUGGAGCUUGACACAUUGCGUGCUGACCUUGGUCUUCUUGGCUUUCCAACGAAAGAUUUACAUUACAGAUUCCUCUCUCAGUUUACUCCAGUUUUUUACAUUCGAACAAGAGAAUACUCAAAGACAAUUGCAGUGGCACCUUAUGUAGUGAAUUAUAGUGGAGCAUUGUUUCGUCAAUACCCUGGGCCUUGGCAGGUUAUGUUGAAACAAACAGAUGGUUCUUUUGCUUGUGUUGCUGAGAGUACAACUCGCUUCGCCCUUGGUGAAGCCAAGGAAGAACUGUUGAGGGUCCUUGGACUGCAGGAGGAAGAAGGAAGCUCACUUGAAUUUCUUCGAAGAGGCUACAAGACUAUCACUUGGUGGGAAGAAAAUAUUGAUCUGGAACAGUCUGCUGCUUGGCGGAGCUGAACAGUAGCAAUGGCAAUGAGACAACUUUCACAGGGGAGAGGAAAUUGAAGAAUGAGAGAAACGAGUUCACUACAUGGGUUGGGUGUUUGUAGUGGGAACCAAUAUGUAUAAAGGAAACUCAGUUAAUAGAUUAAGUUACACAUUCACCUUCAUACCGUUCCCCUUCCUACAACUCAGCAGAAAUUGUCUGCUUGCUUUACAAAUGUAUCGCAGUUGCUUUGAAACUGCAGAAAUGGAAAGUCUUUUUUUUUUAAAGUAGUGGAUUAUUAAGUUCAUUCGUAGAGGCUUCCAAAGUUUAUAAUCUCCAAGGAGCCCUAGCGAUGAGAGAUCAGAUUGUCAAGACUGAUUUUAUGCUUUAUUUCUGUUCUUGAUUUUGUUUUCUGGCAAUAUUCAAAAAGAAAAUUGCAAUUGAGACUUGA